GUAGUUUUUGUGACGAUUUGAAAAUGGCGGCGAACGGUUCAGCACUUAGGCUAACUUUAUUGUGAAUUGGAAGAGCGGCGCUGUGCGGAGAACGGAUAAUGUACCUGCCGUGUUUUAAACUUUACCGGAAAGUGUGCAGGUUCAGUAGAAGAGCGUUUGGACAGUUUUAUGGCGCGGGUUUUGGUGGCGGGUUGGGGAAGUUGAGCUGGAAAUAACCGCCACUGUUCAGUUUGAUAGAUACAACUUCAGCGCUGUGAACUGGAGCUAACGCUGCUAACGGGCUAGCUCACCCGGGCAGUGUAGUUUAACCCGUUUAUAACUCAACCUCACUCUUUUCAUAAUUUAACCCAGAGGACACGUUUAGUUUGUGUACAGGUUAAUUCAGUGGAGUGUACUUAUAAUUAUGUGGGUGAUGAAUUCGGGUAGUAUGAAACUGAAUUAGAAUCUGAAGCGAUAUUGUGAUAGCUGUGUGAGCAGCGCUAGCCAGCGAGCUAACGGUUGUUUGUUUGGAGUGGAGCGAUGCUGCUACGCUUUAGUGGGGGAUAGUAACUAGGCUAGCUUGCUAACCCAGCUAGUUUACUACGUUAUUUAUCGUCAUAUACGUCAUACUGAGUGGAAAAUAGCUAGUAACUAACAUGUUUUGUUAUUACCACGCUAUAACUAAGGUUAUAGCUAAAGUAAAUCCAGUUCAGAAGGGAAAGUUAAAUAAAGCUAAUGUAGGUUAGCGUUAGGUCAGUUGCAGGGUUAAUUUAACGAACAAGCUCACAAACCUAACUACAUAUACAGUCAGCUAAUGUUGGCUAACAGCACAAGUUAGUUUUAAAUGUAGUCAGUUUUAUUUAUUUAUUUUUUUAAUGUCUCUUCUCAGUCACGAAGCAUUUAUCGCAGCCAGCUUACCGUUACCCCCAAGCCCAGAGUGUGUCCAGUGUUGUAGCCAACCUAUCUGAACUUGUCUCAGUGUUGAGUGUUGUUGAUAGAUCUGAUAGUUAAACUACUGUAGGUAAACUACUUUUACUCCUAAAAGUCAACGGAUAUGGACGAUUCUAAACCGCGGUACAGCAAACGACUGCGGUCGGGCACACGGCGACGUUACCAUGACGAUGGGAUCUCUGACGAUGAGAUUGAGGGGAAGAGGACCUUUGACUUGGAAGAGAAGCUGCACAGUAGCCGCUUCAGCUCAGACAGGGUCAAGCGCAUGGAGGGAAAAAACUUCACAUUUGAGUUUAUCCAGAGAGGAGGCCUGAGGGACCCAAUUAUCUUUGAGAGACCCGAUGGACUUGGAAUCAGAAUGCCAGAUUCAACCUUCACUGUGAAUGAUGUAAAGAAUUUUGUGGGCAGUCGGCGAAUGAUUGAUGUGAUGGAUGUGGCAACUCAGAAGGGCAUCGAGAUGUCCAUGGCUCAAUGGUGGCGAUACUAUGAGACCCCACCUUCCCAAAGAGAGAAGUUGUACAAUGUCAUCAGCCUGGAGUUUAGUCACACUAAAUUAGAAGAAUUAGUUAAAAGGCCAUCCACGGUGGACAUAAUUGAUUGGGUGGACAAUAUGUGGCCAAGACAUCUAAAGGAAAGGCAGAGAGACUCCACAAAUGCCAUUUUAGACAUGCAGUACCCAAAAGUGCAAAAGUACUGUCUAAUGAGUGUGCAGGGCUGUUAUACAGAUUUCCACAUAGACUUUGGAGGUACAUCAGUGUGGUACCACAUACUGCGAGGAGGCAAGGUGUUCUGGUUAAUCCCACCGACACCACAGAAUUUGGAGCUGUAUGAAAACUGGGUGUUGUCUGGGAAACAAGGAGACAUCUUUCUCGGUGACAAGGCUACAGACUGCCAGAGAAUUGAACUCAAGCAGGGCUACACGUUCAUUAUCCCAUCAGGUUGGAUUCAUGCAGUUUAUACACCUGUGGACACUCUGGUGUUUGGUGGAAAUUUCCUGCACAGCUUUAAUAUCUCGAUGCAGCUUAAUAUCUACAGCAUUGAGGAUAGGACGCGGGUGCCAACUAAGUUCCGCUAUCCAUUUUACUAUGAGAUGUGUUGGUAUGUGCUGGAACGAUAUCUGUACAGUCUAACCAACACCUCCUACCUCAUCCCAGAGUUUCAGAAACACUCUUUGGGUAUCGGCCUUAAACGUGAUCCUUCUAAUUGUGACACCCUAAACGGUCAUGCAAAAGAGGAGGACGAGACACCCUCUCCCCCAAGCCGGCCAGGAGUAAAAGUUCACCUGACUCCUUUUGAGCUUGAGGGUUUGUGGAAUUUGCUGGGGAAACUUGAGUCUUUGCCCUCACACAAGAAGUGUGUGCCUGCAGGAAUACAUAAUGCACCUGCUCUGUUACACGACAUGCGGGCAUUACUUAAAGAACAUGCAAAUGACAACCCCAAACUUGCAUAUACUGGAAGACCUAUUGUAAAGUGGCCAAAGAGGCCAUCAUGGUACCAGCCUCCUCCUUGUCCUGCACCAGUAGGCCGUCCCAAGCUGGCUACCACUCCCAUUAUUCCACGCCCAACCAAACCAGCCUCCUCCAUGUCUGUGCUGCGGAGGCGGCGAGUGCGCUGUAAGCGCUGUGAGGCAUGUCUGCGUGCCGAAUGUGGUGACUGCAACUUCUGCAGAGACAUGAAGAAGUUUGGUGGCCCCGGCAAGCUGAAACAGACCUGCGUCCUCCGCCAGUGUCUUGCACCUGGCUUGCCUCUUUCAGCAGUGUGUGAGAUCUGUGAAGAAGGGAAUCAGGACACCGGAGAAGAGCUCAUGGAGUGCUCCAACUGUGCCCAGAUUGCCCACCCCAGUUGCCUAAAGGUGCCUGGGGAGGGUGUAGUCAACAAAGAUCUCCCAAGUUGCUGGGAGUGUCCUAAGUGUGUUGUCGGCAAAAACACAGAAUCUGAGUCGUCGGGCAGCGGUGAUGACAUCACGGCUCAGGAGGGGUCAGGGGGGCUGAGGGGCGAGGGCGGGGCGUGGCACGGGGUCGGGCGGCCCCCUUCCUCUCUCUCCCACGGGUCGCUACGGAAACAGGUGGCGGCCCCAGAGCAUCAGCUCAGAAAGAGGAUUAAAUUGGAAGGAACCAAAAUGCAUAAGCGCAAGUCUUCUUCAGUAGAUCCUCGAGUGGCGAAGAUCUUUCGGAGGCAUGGAAAGGACCGAGAUGAUGGUUCGGGUAGUGAUGAUGAGGAUGGAGAUGGAAGGCGGAAAUCAUCACUUCAGUCAAGGAAUGCGCCGUCAGCUCGGCGUAGCUUUGGGUCUAGUAAACGCGGUGUGUGGAGGAGUUCCUCUCAUCGUGGGGGCGUGGCUACAAAUUCCUCCUCCCAGAAAAUGAAGCGCGUACUUAAUGCGAGGGGUGAGCGCAGGGGAAGCGUUCGUUUUCGAGGUGGGUCUAAAUCGCACAAAAGGCGUUAUGAAACAGAGGAUGACGACGAUGAUGACGAUGAUGAGGAAGAUGAAGACGACGAGGAGGAAGAAGAGGAUGAGAGUGAUGAUGAAAGGCAUGUGGGCCGGUCAGGAAAAGAGCACCGUUCAAGGCGGCGGCGCAGAGGUGAAGAGGACGACGACGAUGAUGAAGAGGACGACGAUGAGGAUGAAGAUAGUGAGGAAAGAGACUUUGAUGGGGAGGAUGAAGAGAUGGAGGAUCUGGAUGAUGGAGGGGAGGAUGAAGAGGACGAGGAAGGUGAGAACCAUUCAGACUCUGAAACAGACCCUCCUGUCUUGCUUGUUUCAGACUUGAAUGACGAACUGUUAAAUGGUUCUUACCUGACCGUCACACUACAGCGCCCCGCAAAGGCCAAGCGUGAUCCUGGUGCUAUUGUACCCAAACUGGAGGCUGCCAUGUCUCCCCGCACUCCUGUUCACAAGCUUCGUCAGAAAAACGGCAGCUCUCUGACCGCUGGCAACGGUCUCUCCCAACCCAAAGCUGUCCUUUCAUCUGGCCGCCCCAAACGCUCCUCUCACAAUGGCCAAGAAAGAGACACAGUAUCCCCUUCCUCCACCUCCUCUCGCUCCUCAGUAUCUCCUCCUCCUCCUCCCCCAUCUGCCACAGGCUCCUCCCCGCCCUCCCUGCUCUCUCAUCCCUCAUUUCGGGAUGUGGGAAACGAGCCAGGCUGUGAGAAGGAGGUGUGGGUGUCUGUGUUCCGCUACCUGAGCCGAACCGAACUGGCUGUCUGUAUGAGGGUCUGCAAGGCCUGGUACAAAUGGAGCUUCGACAAGCGUUUGUGGAAUCGCAUAGAUCUUAGUCGGUGUCGCUCUGUAAGCGCUCAGGCUCUCUCCGCCAUCAUUAAACGUCAGCCCGUCACACUUGAUCUGUCUUGGACACCUGUGUCAAAGAAGCAGAUAACCUGGCUUGUCCAUCACCUCCCAGGUCUAAAGGAUCUGAUUUUGUCUGGCUGUUCAUCUUCAUGUGUUUCGGGGUUAAUUUCUCAGAGCCUGCCUUGUCUCCGCACGCUGGAUCUGUGCUGGGCAGAGGGGGUUAAAGAGUCUCAGCUCAAAGACCUUAUAUCACCACCAGGUAGUGAAAAUCGCAGCAGGUUGAGGAACACCCUCUCCUUGCGGUUGUCUGGUUUGGAUGUGAGUGACUCAAUUUUGAAGCUGAUAAUCAGACACAUGCCACUGCUGAGGAGGUUAGAUUUGUCCCAUUGUCAUGACGUCACAGACCAGUCGGUCAGCCUGCUCACAGCCAGCGGAUCCAACAUGCGCAGCACCCUCAGAGAGAUCAACCUUGCAGGGUGUAGUAAGCUAACGGAUGCCUGCCUGUCCUACAUGAAGCGUCUUUCUGCUCUCACACUUUUGGACUUGCGGAGCUGUAAAGGUGUGACGCGGCGCGGCUGUGAUUACUUUAUUUCGGACCUCUCGUACUGUACCCUCUUCUGCUUGACUGAAGACAAACUCAUCCAGAGAAUAUCUUAACACACGGACCUACGUACACAGGUACACACGUGCUCUCACACAGCUGUGCUCUACGGGCUCCAUCACAGUGCUCCGACAAGAUUAGAGCUCCCUCCCGCAGUCUGGUUAGGAGGGUUGAUGGAGGGACAGAGGCCACUCCCCUGGGAAGAGGAUGAAAGAACAGAGUCUGAUGGAGAGAGUGAUGUUCUUUUUGUGCAGUAUCACUGUCAGGAGAGCAGGCAUCCAGGCUCAUCCAAAGCUACUUCUAAAGAAGAUAAGGUUUGUGCACUUGAAUCUGAGCUCGAGAUGUAUUUGAUCCUUAAUUAGCUAGGGUUCUGUGGAUGAUCUAGUGACCUAGAGGAGUCUGACCGCUGAGUAUAGUCUCAAACAGUAUCAAAUAUGUUGCCACACAUGUGAGGCUAUUUCAGAUAUGGCUCUUAUUGUCUACCAGCAUUACUGUUGAAAGGGGGUUAUGGUUGGUUUAAAAAACGUCACACUUGGCCUACAAAAUUAUGUAGGAAAAAGCAGGCAAAGGGCGUGCACUUACGUUUUAAGUGCCAAAUCUUCAGCCUACAGCCCCAAAUGGUCUCUCAUACAAACACAUGCACAUUCUUUUUGUUUUUCCUGUCUUCUGAUGCGCACCAGUUUCAUGCCUGACAAAGCUUUGAGGGCUUGGCUUCUUUGCUUCAACGUCUUCAUCAGCCUGCUCUUCGCUUACUGAAUUUCCCUACUGUGUAUUAAUCUUUCUUUUCCUACUGUAGCUUUAUCUUCAGAUUUGUUGGUUUCCUCUUGUAUCAGCAUCUUCCACUCUGUACAUGUGUUCUCAGUGUGAAUCUUUGUUUUCCUCUGAAAGCCAGUCUUAAAUGCAGCCUGUAGUUAGUAUUUUUUUCUUGUUUAUUUUUUCUUUUCUUUCCUUUUUUUUUUUUUUUUUUAAGAAAAAUAAAGUCACCUUAAGAUUUAUGGCUAUGAAAAUGUAUUUUUUUUUUCAGUUGCUGAUUGCAGGUUUUCUCUAGCUGUGUGUAAAAUGACAUGUUCUCAGGUGGAUUGAAUGUUUGUGUGUAUGUGUGAAUUUUCUGAAAUCAUUGUAUGCUUGUAUUUAUAAUAAGCUUCACACCUAAAGAGAUCAGAAUUCUACUUCAGAAUGAAUUUCUCUAAAGUUAAUGCAGCCUAUUAAUCAAAUAAGCAGAUCAAUCAUGUAUGUAUGUGUUACUGACACUUCUGGAAAGUUUUAGUUCAGUCAUUGGCAGCAAAAGAGCUUUGUCAGAAGAGGGGGAUAUAUUGUGUAAAGUGCAUCACUGGUUUUUGGCUCAUUCUAGCGAGUAAGACAAAUAUAAAAAGUUUACAAAAAACA